GACUAUGGAGGCUUCAAUGUCACCUUUAGAUAUACUUUCAAAAGUUGCGUUGGAGCAAUUACAUAUCACUCUACAAGGCGGCAAUGAACAGCAGAGUAGCAGCGACUGCCCUGUAAAAGAACAGAGUGUCACCGUGACUAUACCGCGUGCUAGUUCCACGCCAGUAGUGAAACGCCAAAAGCUUUCUCAUAAAAACGGCGAAGGUUCAAGCAAAACACGCGAGAUCCAAGUCGAACAUCCGCACUGCUUGACCGAAGAAAUCAGAAAAUGCGUUUCGUCUACACUCAAGGGUAUCCUGGCUGGAUGCGACGAGAAGAAAUUCGAAAGUUUGAUUGAGGAAAUAACCUCUUUUAUGUUAUCAUUAUAUUCAAAAGGAUAUUUCGAUAUUAUAAAGCCGGAAAAUAAUACACAGAAAACUCACAACCCUGCAAUCCCUGGGACCUCCAAAUCCAGCACUUCGCCAAGUUCUUUUAACACGAGCAAAAAUUCCAGAAAGUUUGUUCACAAAAGGAGUGUAAAGAGUAAUGAUUUGGUUCCCAUUGGAGACGGGCACGCAACAGUCCCUGAAAGACUACUUAAACACAUGAACUGGAGUUCACACACCGCUUGUACGCGGAAACUUCUAACAGCUGUGUUCCCGCGCGAAGUUUUGGCCACACAUUCUUUAACGGGUAAAGCAUCUCCCGCGUUCCCCAAUAAGCCAGCCAAGGAAAAGCUGGACCCCCUGUUAGUGCACGACAUAAUACAAACAGUCAUGGAUAAGUGUGGAGUCACCGAGUCUCAAGUGUAA